CGAGUGGCGCCGCGCGCGGCAGCGGGUAGCUCUAGGCUCAUUCGCCCGUCGGCCGCCGCACGGAGAGCUCCUCUGCGCGGUGCUUCGGUUUUCUCGUUUGUGGAGUGCGACGCUUCUGACAACGGCUGAGGCAGUUUAUGAGGAUCGUGUAAGAGCCGCAGCAUGAAUCUACCGGUGCUGUGGCGCUUCGCCACGCUGCUCCUCAUGGGAUGCAGUCUCGGCAUGUCUGAGGAUGAUACGAUGGGCCCGAUUUUCAAUCGUGAACCUCCAAACAGAGUGGAUUUUUCAAACACAACUGGUGCAGUAGUUGAGUGCUCAGCUAGAGGAAACCCUACACCUGACAUAAUAUGGAUAAGAGCUGAUGGAUCAGCAGUUGGAGAUGUCCCUGGUUUGAGACAGGUUAUGCCCAAUGGAAACUUAGUUUUCCCACCGUUUCGAGCUGAAGACUACCGACAGGAGGUACAUGCACAGGUUUACGUGUGUCUGGCAAAAAAUUCAGUUGGUUCUAUUCAUUCAAGGGAUGUUAAUGUCAGAGCAGUUGUUCAGCAGUUUUACCAGACUGAAGUUAACAACGAAUAUGUGAUACGUGGAAAUUCAGCAGUUUUGAAAUGCAGUAUUCCAUCAUUUGUUGCUGAUUUUGUGACUGUGGUUUCCUGGCAAGAUGAUGCUGGUCAUUCAUACACAUAUGGUGACAACUCCUUUCUCAAUGAUGGAAAGUACAUAGUUUUACCAUCGGGUGAAUUACAUAUCAGAGAUGUAGGACCUGAAGAUGGUUACAAAUCAUAUCAGUGUCGUACAAAACACAGACUUAGUGGAGAAACACGACUAAGUGCAACAAAGGGCCGUCUUGUCAUCACUGAACCUCAAACAAGUGUUGCCCCCAAAGUGAAGGAGAGUCAUGUAUCAAGUGUCAGAAUGGCAGCUCAAUUGAAAAUGACAGUUGUUAUCACUUGCAUGGUCCAAGGUUUCCCUCUUCCAUCAUUCAGGUGGUACAAGUAUAUAGAUGGGACAACCCGUAAACAACCAGUAAUUUUGGAUGAGCGUGUCAAACAAGUCAGUGGGACAUUGAUUAUCAAGGAGGCCAAAGUGGAUGAUUCUGGAAAAUAUCUGUGUGUUGUAAACAACUCUGUUGGAGGAGAAAGUGUGGAGACAGUCCUUACUGUCACAGCUCCACUUGCAGCAAGUGUUGAACCGCAGACUCAGACUGUAGAUUUUGGACGGCCAGCUACAUUUAAAUGUAACUUUGAAGGAAAUCCAAUUAAAACUAUUAGCUGGUUGAAAGAUGGUAAACCACUUAAUCAUAAAGAACCAAUCCUAACAAUUGAAUCUGUUAAGAAGGAAGACAAGGGAAUGUAUCAAUGUUUCAUUAGGAAUGAUCAAGAAAGUGCUGAAGCAAGUGCAGAAUUAAAACUUGGUGGAAGGUUUGAACCUCCCCAGUUACGCUAUUCAUUCCCAGAGGACACUUUACAGCCUGGUCCAUCUGUCUUUCUAAAAUGCAUUGCCUCUGGUAAUCCAACACCUGAAAUAACAUGGGAGCUAGAUGGCAAGAAACUCUCCAAUAGUGACCGUUUGCAGGUUGGCCAAUAUGUAACGGUUAAUGGUGAUGUCGUGUCACAUCUCAACAUCUCUUCUACUCAUACAAACGACGGAGGCCUCUACAAGUGCAUUGCAUCUUCCAAAGUGGGAUCUGUUGAACAUUCAAACAGGUUAAACAUUUAUGGACUUCCUUUUAUCCGUCCAAUGGAGAAGAAAGCUAUUGUUGCAGGGGAAACACUAAUAGUCACCUGCCCAGUUGCAGGAUACCCUAUCGAGUCAAUUGUGUGGGAAAGAGACGGAAGAGUUCUUCCAAUAAACAGGAAACAAAAAGUUUUUCCUAAUGGUACUCUGAUAAUUGAAAAUGUUGAACGGCUGUCUGACCAAGCAACUUACACAUGCGUAGCUCGCAAUUCUCAAGGUUACAGUGCAAGAGGAACACUGGAAGUGCAAGUAAUGGUGAAACCUCAGAUUUCACCCUUUACAUUUGGAGAUGAGACUGCAAAUGCAGGUGAUGCAGCAGCUGUUCAGUGUAGUGUUAUAAAAGGAGAUUUACCAUUAGAAAUAAUCUGGAUUUUCAAUGGAAAAAGAAUUUAUUCUGGUGAUGAAGGUGUUACAGUAAGCAAAAAUGGCAAGAGGACAAGUGCAUUAACUGUUGAUUCAGUUAGAGCUGUGCACAGUGGAGAAUAUGUCUGUACAGCUAAAAAUAAGGCAGGAGAAGACAAUUACACUGCUCAUCUUUUUGUAAAUGUGCCACCAAGAUGGAUUUUGGAACCAACAGACAAAGCAUUUGCUCAAGGAAGUGAUGCAAAAGUUGAAUGCAAAGCUGAUGGUUUUCCAAAGCCUCAAGUGACAUGGAAGAAAGCUGCUGGUGACACACCUGGAGAUUAUAAUGAUCUUAAGCCCAACAACCCAAAUAUAAGAGUGGAGGAUGGAACACUGUCAAUAAAUAACAUACAAAAAACUAAUGAAGGCUAUUAUUUAUGUGAAGCUGUAAAUGGCAUUGGGUCAGGAUUGUCUGCUGUUAUUUUAAUCAGUGUGCAAGCUCCCCCUCAUUUCGAGAUCAAAUUGCGUAACCAGACAUCACGUCGUGGGGAACCAGCUGUCCUGCAAUGUGAAGCUAGAGGUGAAAAACCAAUUGGUAUCUUGUGGAAUAUGAAUAACAAACGCCUUGAUCCCAAGAGUGACAAUAACAGAUACACGAUCAGAGAGGAAAUACUUCCUAAUGGUGUUUUGUCUGACCUGAGCAUAAAACGAACUGAGAGAGAGGAUUCUGCUCUGUUCACAUGUGUUGCUACAAAUGCAUUUGGGAGUGAUGAUACAAGCAUAAAUAUGAUUGUUCAAGAGGUUCCUGAAGUACCUGAUGGCUUGAAAGUUCUGGAUAAAUCUGGCCGAUCUGUUCAGUUGUCUUGGGCCGCACCAUAUGAUGGAAAGUCUCCAAUCAAGCGUUAUCUUAUUGAAUUCAAACAUGCAAAAGGAACAUGGGAAAAUGACAUAGAUAGAGUACUUGUUCCUGGUCAACAAACAGUUGCUGGUGUCUUCAACCUUAAACCUGCCACAACGUAUCACUUGCGUAUUGUAGCUGAGAACGACAUAGGAACUUCCGAUCCAUCUGAUACAGUUACGAUUAUAACAGCUGAGGAAGUACCCAGUGGUCCACCAAUGAAUGUUAAGGUUGAAGCUGAAGGUCAACAUACAUUGAAGAUUUUGUGGAAACCUCCAGAACGGGAUCAAUGGAAUGGAGAGAUACUUGGUUACUAUGUGGGUUACAAGGCAGCAUCAGCUGACACACCAUAUUUGUUUGAAACUGUUGAAUUCAGCAAAGAAGAAGGCAAAGAGCAUCAUCUUCAGAUAACUGACCUGAAGACGUACACUCAAUAUGCUGUAGUAGUCCAAGCUUUCAACAAAGUUGGUGCUGGCCCAAUGUCAGAAGAAGUGCGUCAGUACACAGCUGAGGGCAUCCCAGAGCAACCACCACAGGAUACAACCUGCACCACUCUCACCUCUCAGACAAUCAGAGUGUCAUGGGUAUCUCCACCACUCAGCACUGUGAAUGGAGUCAUUAAGGGAUACAAGGUUGUUUAUGGCCCCAGUGAUAGCUGGUAUGAUGAUAACUCCAAAGACACAAAAAUAACAUCUGCAAGUGAGACUAUACUACAUGGGCUGAAAAAAUACACAAAUUAUAGCAUGCAAGUUCUAGCCUAUACUUCUGGAGGAGACGGUGUCCGCAGCCCCCCAAUUCAUUGUCAAACUGAGCAGGAUGUUCCAGAAGCACCAAAUGCUGUAAAGGCUUUGGUAAUGUCAAGUGAAUCAAUCCUUGUCAGCUGGAAACCUCCAGAGCAACCAAAUGGAAUUGUUACUCAGUACACAGUCUAUGUUAAGGAAGACAGUGAAGCAGCAAAGGAGGAGGAACCCAAAAGUCAGAAGGUACCCCAGUAUCAAAUGAGCUAUGAAGCUUCUGGGCUUAAGAAGAAAGAGCGAUAUGAAUUUUGGGUGACAGCGUCAACUAUUAUUGGUGAAGGUCAACCUUCAAAACCUGUCUCUUUGUCACCUAGCCCAAGAGUUCCAGCAAAAAUUGCAUCAUUUGAUGACAAUUUCACUGCAACAUAUAAGGAAGAUGUGAAAUUGCCUUGCCUUGCGGUUGGUAUUCCUCCUCCAGAAAUUGUUUGGAAAGUGAAAGGACUUGCUUUUCAGCCAGAUGACAGAAUUCGACAGUUGCCUGAAGGGUCACUCUUCAUUACAUCUGUAACAAGGCAAGAUGCUGGAGAAUACACAUGUACUGUGGAAAAUUCCUUUGGUCAAGACACUGUUACUCACAGAUUGGUUGUGCAUGCACCACCUCAUAAACCACAAGUCACUUUAACAUCUACUACAACAAACUCAAUCACAAUAAAGUUACGUCCACAUCCAACGGAUAAUGCACCUUUACAUGGAUAUACUAUUCAUUACAAGCCAGAAUUCGGUGAGUGGGAAACAGUACAGGCUGGCAGCCAGACACAGACUUUCACUAUUGAGAAUCUCUGGUGUGGCUCACGUUACCAGGUGUAUGUCACGGCGUAUAAUGGAAUUGGUACUGGAGAUGCCUCAGACAUUUUGAAUACAAAAACCAAGGGUGCAAAACCUGGUAUACCAGAAGCUAGUCGUUUCAUUGAAGUUUCAUCUGGCAGUAUCACUUUACAUUUAAGUGCCUGGUCUGAUGGUGGUUGUCCAAUGCUGUACUUUGUUGUUGAACACAAGAAGAAGUCACAGACAGAAUGGAAUCAGGUGUCUAACAAUGUGAAACCAGGCGGCAAUUUUGUUGUUUUGGACCUGGACCCAGCUACUUGGUAUCAUCUUCGUGUCACUGCUCAUAAUAAUGCAGGUUUCGCUGUGGCUGAGUAUGAAUUUGCUACAUUAACUGUGACUGGAGGGACCAUCCCACCUCCUGAGAGAGAACUGACAGCUGUUAAUAAAUAUUUUCCUUGGCUUCCUGACUGGCUGGAUUUGAAUGUCAUUGUGCCACUGGCUGCUACUAUUGUUGUCAUCAUUGUCGGUGUUGUUGUUAUAUGCGUUGCAAUAUCUAGACGAUCAAGAGGACCAGAGCAGACAAGAUUACGUGAUGAUGUAGUGUACAACCAGUCUGCUGGAGGCAACGCUACAGUGGACAAGCGCCGACCGGAUCUGCGCGAUGAGCUCGGCUACAUUGCACCACCAAAUCGCAAGUUGCCUCCUGUACCUGGAUCCAACUACAACACCUGUGAUCGUAUCAAGAGAGGUCACCCAGGCUCAUUUCGCAGUCAUGCUACCUGGGAUCCCCGCCAUCCCAGGCACAUGUAUGAGGAACUCAGCCUGCAUCCCCCUGGUUCGGGCAUCCGUAAGUUCUCAGGCCACCCCGGAUCUGAUGAAGCUCUCUACAGCCGUGCUGGAGGCAUGGAGGAUGAGAUAUGCCCCUAUGCUACAUUCCAUUUGCUAGGAUUUCGUGAAGAAAUGGAUCCCAACAAGGCAAUGCAGUUUCAAACCUUCCCACAUCAAAAUGGACAUGAACGAGCACACAGUGGUACCAUAGGACCAAUGGGCCCUGGCAGUAUGGCAGGAAAUGGUCACAUUCAUCAGCGAACAGGAUCACAGUCGAUGCCUAGAACUAAUGGUCGCUAUUCACGAGUAAAUAGCCAGAAUGGCCCUGGAUCCAACUUUUCUCCUGGUCCAGAAUAUGAUGAUCCAGCAAACUGUGGUACAGAAGAAGACCAGUAUGGCAGCCAGUAUGGACAAUAUGGAGCCCCAUACGAUCAUUAUGGAAGCCGUGGCUCAGUAAGCAGAAGGAGUGUUGGUUCUGCUCGCAAUCUGCCAAUGUCUGGGAGUCCGGAACCACCACCUCCUCCACCUCGUAACCAUGACCCAAAUAACUCAUCUUUUAAUGACUCUAAAGAGAGUAAUGAAAUAUCAGAGGCUGAAUGUGAUCGUGACCAACUAGUAAAUAGAAAUUAUGGAGUCAGUGUAAGAGCCCACAACAAGGACAUGACCACUGAGGAAAUGAGAAAGCUGAUUGAGAGAAAUGAAGCAGGGCAUCACCAACAAAACGGAUUCGCAGUCACACCCUACGAUACUGUGGCAGUGUAACCUGUAGUUGCAAAGAAGUGCAUCUAGAAAGACAUCGGCAAGACCUGUGCCAUAAAAAACAUUAUACCCUGCUGUGUGAAGAAGCUUUGAAUGGAAAUAUUUAAUAAGCAUCAAUUGUGUGUGAACGUUAUUCAGUGUUUUCAUGUUCUUUUAUCUUUAUUCACAUUAGAAAUUAAAGUAUUUAUAAAAUAUUCAUUGUAAUGCAUUGAUAGAAAAUAUAUCCAUUCUCAGCUGUGAAUGGUAAGCUCUUGGAUAUUAACAGUUUUAGGAUAAUGUACAGCAGGGCUAUAAUUUUAAUUGGCAGUAGUGCAAGACGACUCAUCCAAAGGUUGCAACCAAACAGACUUUCUCAUAUACAGAAGUCUUUGUUUUAGGAAGACCAAAAUACAAUAUAUGUAUUGUAAUAACUUCUUUCCACCCAUGUCCUAUGAUAUAUGUGCAUUUUCAGCCUUUGUUACACUGUGUUUUCUUUAAAACAUUAAAGAUGACAAUGUUAAUAAAGAGAAUGGCUCAACUUUGUGGCAUGUGAUAUUUUGUCAUAAUGGUACUAUUAUGUAUGUUUUUACAUGUUUUUGAAAUGGGAAUGAAAUGAGAGUGAAAGAAUCUUAAUAAAUGCUGUGUGGUGUGUAUCAUAACCUACUUUAUCAGAAAGGGCAAACACUUAGCUUUCCUUGUUGCAAAACGAAUUAGUGGACACAAUUAGGACACAUACUGUAUAUCAUUAAAUUAUUUUCGUAAUCAUAUACAUAUAUAAAUACAAAUAUAUAUACAUAAAUCUUAUUGCCAUUACUGUUUCUGUAUAUUGCUAAGCUCCUCUUUAAAUGUUUGUGAUGAACUGCUAAUUUCAAAUUCUAAGACUUUCUUUUGUCGAGUUCACAGAAUUUCAGUUCUAAAACAUUUAUGUGAGAUGUGUAAACAGUGUGUGUUCUGCUCUUGUUCUGCAAAUACUGUACAAUGUUUAUAAUAAUAAAUGCCACAGCUUGUAUUCUUAUAUGUUGAACAGUCUUCACUGUAAUUGUAUGUCUGUCAGUGCUAGUGUUUUGAAUGUUUUUACAUAUUUUGUCAUAAGUGAUAAAGACUCCAAUGAUGUAUGCUGCUGCACAAGAAGCAGAGACACCUGUGUAGACAACAGGCAGAGACUAAGCCAUUUGUGUACCAGAUUUCACUUUUUAUAGCUUCAUAAUUGCUGACAUCAACACUUUAAAAGAAAUAGUGAUGCAAAACUGAAAUUCAGAUACUUAAUUUAUAGCAGUAUUUGUAUCUUCUUUAAAAAAUUAUUGACAUGUUAUGCAGGCCUUCUGUAAGUGUUUAAUUCAGUUCCUUUAAAAUUCAAAAUUUAUAUUCAUCAAACUUGUUCUUAUACAUAUAGGGAACAAAAUCAUACACGAUUCUUUCUUUUGUUUCUAGCUUGAGAAGAUAAGCAAAAUUCUUAACUUUCUUCAAAAAUUGUAUACAGUUUAAUAAACAGAAAAAUUAAUAGGUUAAUUUACCUAUGUAAUAUAUCUAGACUCAUAAAAGUAACUAUUAUAUUCUUACAAUAGCCAAAUCAUUAGCAGAUAACUGAUAAGAAAAAGUGAAAUACUAUCAGUCUGCUUAUAACAGACCUUAAGGUACAUUUCCAAAAAUCAAGAUAAAAUUGUCUUAUGGCUAUAUUACUGCUACUCAUAAAUUUAUAAAUAAAUGUAAUGAUGGUGUAUAAGUGCUUAUAAAACUGCAUUUACAAUUUAGGUAAAGUUGUCAGUAAUUUCUCUCAAUGAAUGUGAUAACUCACAUUACUUGAAUUUCAGUUUUCUUGAGUGUUAUUUUCGUUUUGGUCAGCCCCAACAUUUCAAUGACAUUUGUGUGACUUACGUGAUAAUAUCAAUGACUGAAACUAAUUUAGUUGGUAUAAGCAAGUGCCUUGCAUUACAUUUGUAACAUUAAAGAUUUAUAAUCUCAAUUUUCAUAAUUAUUGUUGAUGAUGUAAUAUCUGUUUUUACAUUUGUUAAGUACGUUAAGACAUCGUAGCAGAAAAUGUAAUGCAGGGCAUUUUUAAAAUUUUAUAAUAAAAUUUGUAAAAAAAGGAAGCAGAUUUGAAGUCAGUCUGAUUUGUUAGGUUAGUGGAAAUUAUCUUUAUAAAUCCACUUGCUUUGUUCUUGUGUAAAUAUGCAUAAUUCUUGUUUUUAUGCAUCUGCUUAUUCAGGUAUCAAUAUUGAAAAACUGUUUCUCUGCUCCCCCUGUUUUUUGAGGGAUUGUAGUGUGAAACAAGUUAUUUGUACCAAAGUUGUAGAAUUAAUGAACUUUUGUGUUAUUAAAGGUUUUACACACAA